GAGAUUGGAUUAUUUUACCUGUAACGAUGGCGGAGCAGCGCGAGGACGGCGACGGCGAGACGUGGGACGACUGGGUGGACGACGGAUCCGCCAGCUUUGACUGCGUGUUCUGCGCCAGCAAAUUUCCUGCCGAGGAGUCGCUGCACGCGCAUCUGCAGGAGACGCACGACUUCUCGUUGCGCCACGAGAUCUCGACACGGAAGCUGGACACGUAUGGCACCAUCCAGCUAGUCAACUAUCUGCGCUGGAACACGCUGGACGGAGUGUCAGCUGACCAAAUCAAGCAGACGCUGGCUGCGGAGGGCAACGCCGCGUUCCAGAAGGACGAGUUCCUAAAACCCGUGGUGGCCGACGACCCGCUGCUCUACUGUCUCGACUGCGAUAGCAGUGACGACGAGGAUGAGAGCAAUGUAGAGGAGGAACAGAAGAAUGAAAAUCCUGGAGAUGACGUCGCAGCUCUGAUUGAGAAGCUACAGCUAGAGAACCAAGAGCUUAAGCAGCAGAUGACCAAAUACUCCAAACUCGUCCGGGACUUUGUAGUCGAUGGAGAGAGCUCCGCUCCGGUGGAGGACGCUGCUGAUAACGACACGUACUACUUUGAUUCGUACUCGCAGGUGGGUAUCCACCGCGAGAUGAUCACGGACAGAGUGCGCACUGAUGGCUACCGUAACGCCAUCAUCAACAACCCGCAGGUGUUUAAGGACAAGGUGGUGCUCGAUGUGGGCUGCGGUACAGGCAUUCUGAGUAUGUUUGCAGCCCAGGCUGGCGCUGCUAAAGUAAUCGGCAUCGACCGCAGCGAGAUGGGAGACGUGGCUCGUGAGAUCGUGGCUGCUAAUGGGUUCAGCGACGUCAUCACUAUUCUACGCGGCAAAGUGGAGGAGAUCGAGCUGCCAGUGGACACGGUGGACAUCAUUGUGUCCGAGUGGAUGGGGUACUGUCUACUGUAUGAAUCCAUGCUGGACACGGUUCUAUUCGCACGUGACAAGUGGCUAGCUGAAGGGGGACACUUGUUCCCGGACAAGUGUUCCAUGUUCAUUCAAGGUAUGGAGGACUCGACAAAGCGCUUUGACUUCUGGAACGACGUCUACGGCUUCAAUAUGAAGCCAAUCCAGUCCAAGAUUUCCAUCCGUGACGCCUUCGUGGAGGAUGUUGGUCCGGAUGAUAUCAUUUCGAGCCGUGAGCUGCUGCAGAAGAUCGACAUUGACCUUGUUAAGUACGACGAGCUCGACUUCCACUCGACCUUUACGUUGUCGAUCACGAGAGAUGCGACCAUGCACGGCUUCGUGUCCAGCUUCGACAUUGGCUUCGAGCGUGACUGUCCUCGCCCCGAGUACUUCACUACUGGAGCUGAGGGCACGCCGACACACUGGCACCAGGUUUUCUUCCACGUCCCGCACCCUUUCUCGGUUAAGCAAGGAGAUGUUGUAGAAGGCAAGUGGUGGGUGCGACGGAACGCGGAGAACCCGCGCUUCCUUGACGUUGAGAUCCAGUGGAAAGAAACACCCAAAGGCGAGUUCCUCGUCCAACGUUACCGCAUUCACUAG